GAAAUCAGGAAGCGCAUACCGGUUGAGCAGGAAGAGGACACCUGUCACUAAUCUAACUUGUUUGAUUAGGUUGCCGUUCGGUUGGGUGGUAUAGAAUCCGCAGUCUUUAAAGACCGUUUAAAGCCAAAAAUAUACAGGUUGUACACUACAACCUACCGUGUAAAAAUCCGACAACAAACCGUAAGAACUUUGUUUUGGAGAAUGGGACAUUUUUGGACCAUAGUUGAUGUCUACCUGUCGAUUUGCUGUAUUUGCUCUGUGUAUGCCAUCAAAGAAGCAUGCAAAUGGGAUCGGAGCGGUGAGCUGGGUUUAGAUCCGCAGUCUCUAGAUGAUGGCGCUAGCUACUCUGCCCACCUGCCGAAUAUAUCCGACAGCGAUGGUUGCCAAAUGGCUUGUUGUCUUAGGGAAGACUGCCAGCUUGCCAUGCUCGGGACCCCAGCCGAUGGGACCACUGAAUGUUUUCUCGUGAACUGUUUAAAAGAUGGAAAGGAUGUCUGCAUUCUCCGACCUAGUUCGCAGUUUAAAGUUUUUCGGAAAAUGCAAGUGUCACCUGCCCAACUAUCUGAAGGCCACACAAGAGACGGCACCUGUACAGGUCCACAGCUGGUGGGUCCAUGUAAGGCCGCUCUCCCACGAUUCUACUAUGAUGUCACCAGCGGGACCUGUAAGAGCUUCAUCUAUGGAGGCUGUCAGGGCAAUUCCAACAACUUUGGGUCUCAAGAGGAGUGUGAUUCCACAUGCAGAGGCGUAACUGCCACUGAUCUGGAAACACCAGCUCAAGUCUCAUUCCUUCAGAAGACAUCAGAGGACCUUGAUGAGAGGUGUCAUGCUGCCCCAGAGGCUGGCCCCUGCAGAGCCUCACUCAGGCACCACUUCUACAACAGCUCUGCUGGUUCCUGUCAAACCUUCAUCUAUGGCGGCUGUCGUGGCAAUAAGAACAACUAUGCUUCUGCAGAAAUGUGCCAGGCUACCUGCAACACCAAGGUUCUUCCUGGCCCAAGGAAGUCUACUGGUACUGUACACAAGGACCCUGCUGACUACUGCUUGAUGCCUUCGGAUUCAGGAAGGUGUCGCGCUGCCUUCUCAAUGUUUUCCUACGACUCCAACACCAGGUCCUGCCGCCUGUUCAUCUUUGGUGGCUGUGGUGGCAAUUCUAACCGUUUCACUUCUGAGGAGGAAUGCAUGAACACAUGUUCAGGACAAGAAGGGCAUUUUCAGAAGCAUGGGCCAGCCCGUGAUCGCUGGACUCCUGGGUUCUUCCUAGUGGCCACAGUGGCAGUUAUAUCUGCCUUGAUCCUGGUGGGCCUCAUCUCCAUCUCCGUGCGCAAGUUCAGGAUGAGCCACCUCUCCUCUCAGGGUGACAAGGAGGGCUUGCUUACAGAGGAAGAGCUUCUUGAGGGGCCGCCCUCUCAUCUGGACACCGAGUAGUCACCGCAUCAUUACUGACCCAUGGAAUCUACACUCGUACACCUUUCUCAUACACUGCUACUAGCAUUGCUUACAUGUGUAAAACCACUUACUCCUAUAAAACAUACAUCAUUUUAACAAGCAUUGCUUACAUGUGUAUAAUCACGAAUCACUCCUAUAAAACAUACAUUUUACAAGCAAAACCCCUUGGUGAAUGUGUUUCCCCUCUUGGAGGUAGAAUAUAUCAGAUUAUCUGGGGCUAUUGAUUUGCUUUAUAUCAGAUUAUCUGGGGCUAUUGAUUUGCUUUAUAUCAGGUUAUCUGGAGCUAUUGAUUUGCUUUUUAAAAUGUCUAUUAUUUCUUUCUAAGUCUUUUAUGUGUUCUUUUUUUGGUUGUUUCUACGGGUGUCCUGUGUUGCUGUCAUUGUGAAGCUCAAGGCACAUAGAAACUGAUAAUAAAAUGAACACCCUAACCUUUACACUCA